AAACACACCCUCUCUGCGACAUAACAAUACUAUCUCGCCGCUACUACGCAAGUCGACAACUCACGCCCAUACGAUCGUUACUUAACAACCUUGCUGGGCCUUGCGCGUUACUGUGCGCACGCACCCACUCAUACCGUGUCGUCGCGGUUCCCAGCCAGUCGAAUUGACUCGUAAGUCAAGUCAGAGUGAAUCGGGUGGCCUGAUCUCGAAUUACCAGCCGUUCGACUACUCGCGCAUAUGCGACAAUGAGCUAUUGACGUCCAGUAGAGGUCGUGGACGACUAAGACUCAGCUCGAGCAGCAAGAUGGACUAUGCGCAAGCGGGAACAGGACCUCAGGAUCAGCAUUUACAUCUGUCGCAGCACGCACCACAAUACAACACUCGAUCGCCAAAUCAUCGUGGAUACACGCAAUUUCGACAGCCUUCUGCGCCAGCAAUGAAUGGAGCUAUGGAUGCUUCAGUAAGCAGCCAGACGCAGAUGAAUAUCCACGCCUCGCCCUCACACAUUGUUUCGGACAAUUCCUCGAUCGGCAACCCACACAUGGCGCACACCUUCUAUGGCGACAUUGCGCGCAGUUCACUUACCCCAUCUACACCCUCCAACGCAGCCUCUCCCCGCUUCUCGGGCCAUUCUCCGGGCCAGCAGAAACAAUAUAUGGCGAAUUAUACGCCCUCCGACCGCUCCCUUCCAUCCCGUAACAUAUCUGACGACACAAUUGACGACGCCUACGCCGCAUUCAUACUAUACUGUAAUCCAAGCUUCCCGACCACAACAGAUGUAACAGAAUUAAAGAGGUUAUUUCGGCUACCACCGAAGAGCGACAGUAAAACUUUCAGCACAUACACCCUUUUUGAGCUCAUACGGAAAUUUCCUAAGGAAAUCAAAACAUGGGCGCAGUUAGCAUUAGAUCUGGGGGUCGAGCCACCCGAUUUGGAGAAAGGACAGAGUACACAGAAGGUGCAACAGUACUCUGUUAGGUUAAAGCGUUGGAUGCGAGCGAUGCAUAUUGAUGCCUUCUUUGAAUAUCUUGUGGGUAAUCAGCACAGCUAUUUCACAUGGGUACCUACACCACACGAACCUUUUCCUGAUGAUGGGCGUGACGGAGUAAUUUUCGAUGAAGACCUUGCCAUAAGAGCAUUGGACCCAAAACUCAAACCAAAGAGGGGACGGCGGAAAAAUGACGAAGGUGAUGAUGAAAAUGAGGAACUACAGAGGGCACCGAAACGUCCGCAGUUAGAUACCUCAUUCUCGGCAUCUAGCAAUCACGCGCCUCCUCAAUCUGCAUAUCCAAAUAGCGCUCAUCCGGAUGACAUGGAUCGCUUCGUCCAGCCGCACGAUCCAUGGACUACUAUCUCAACAAUCACACCUGCAUCUUCCCUGAACCCCUACUCUGCCAGAACAAUGACUCCAUAUUCAGCUGCUUCGACUCCAGCUCAGCAAUUGCGGUGGCGUCUCAAUACACCUAACGAUGCACAAAGCCCACAUCCUAUGUCAGCAACCACACCCUCAACCUCCCAAGCCCCUGAUUCAGCAUUCGACGAACCCCUAUCGGCCUUGACUCCGAGUUCUACAAGGUCAAAGGCUCGCAGACGGCAUGGUCCUGCUGUUUCGUCUGCUUGGACAAGCAAUAGCACCAACUCAACCGGCAAACUGCGUGGACGACCGCCUAGCAAUCGAUCCGUCCGAGAUGGACCCUUUGUAACCUUUCCUGCCAACCCCAAGACCAAAGAAGGCCCCACAAUCGACCUCAACCGAUCUACACCCGGUCCGACACCUGUGGAACAGACACCAUCCACGGCUUCAACAGGAAAUACUGCUCCAGAGUCUCACCAUUUUCGCUUUCCCCCUACUCCUGCGUCAGCUCUAACGCCUGCAUCCGCCAUCUCAAUCAAUUCGCAGCAAUCUAGCCUCUCAGUAGGUCGACCAGAACGCCUACAACUUCAGGUCCCACAGCACUUAGGAGGACCUGUCUCUCUCGUUACACCUACAGUCCUGGUUAAUGGCCAAACAAAUGCUCUCACUGCUGUGAUUGCUGCACCUUCGGCGGCCUCUCCACACACUUCAUCGGAUAUAUAUGAGCAACAAGGCGUUAGUUCACAAGAUGCGCGACAGGCUGGCCCAACCUCGCAUCCACAGCCGCCACAAUAUGUAUCACAUGAACAACCCCAAACACAGCCUCAGACACAAGCAUCCGCGCCACAGUCUCACAUUGUCCAACCUCGGUCCGCAAAUUCGACACCAAUCCUCUCACCCUUCCCUACACUCACACAUGAAUCACUUAAACGCGCCCUUGCUCAUGACCUACUUCGUGCUGAAAUCUCAGGGCGGAAAAAACUACGCGGCACUGAUGCCAAGGAGCUUGCUGAUGCACUUUUAAGGAAGAUGAAGACCAUGCCACAAAGCCCUACCACCCCUAGUACUACCAAUGGCAGCAAUACCGGCGAGCAAGUUCAUCGUAUGGCUCUCGCCACUGUUUUGAAUCUUUCUAGCAGUCUUGGCCUCCCUGGUCCCCCAUCGCCUGUCAACCAGAAGAAACUCGUCUUCCAAAGGUUCCGCGUGGGAGGUGAUGGCUACGAUAGUCCUAUAGAUGACGACAACGACAAUGCGAUGGAAACUGAAGACGUUGAGGGAGCCAACGAUAGAAAGAUUCGAGAGAGCGUAGAUGUCGCAUGGACGACGACCAUCGGAGCGCUUGUAGCCGAGUGUAAGAUCCGUGGCAUCGUAAUGGGCGAUAAGUCGUCUAGGAAAGAUGAUGUGGAUAGGGCUGAAAGUGCUGCAGCAGCCGAAAUCGACUGGAAGAGUAAAUUUGAAGACCUGAAGGAGAAAUUAGGGAGGAAAGAAGAGGAAGUUAGAGAGUUGCGAGAAAAGGUCCUCGAUGCUGUCAUGUGAGCGUAUAUAAUCGUUUGAUAGUUUUCUUCCUGCAUCUAGUGGGGCUAUGGCAUACAUGGUUUUGGUAUCAUGGAUUGAUAUAUAAAAUGGGGUAUGGGAGUUUCGCAGUGCUCAUGAAGGCGAUCAUGCAUCUCCAUAUGUCGUUUGUAUAGCAAGCGAGCGAGUGGUUUUAAAUUCAUCGCAUUUGUGCUGUUGGGCGCAUGUAUCUAUAGCGGUAAUACUAUCAGCACAUGGGAAUGUUCCUUCCAUAGCCUAGAAGUAUGGCUCGAUUGUAUGCGCCAGUCCGCUUUCCUUGUACCUCUAAAUCAGCUCCCUCUGUCGGUACAAGCCUCUCAACCUUCUGUUGAAUAUCGUAAAC